UUUCACUACGUAUUACGGUAACGUGAGGUAGGCGUGCUUUGCGUCGGAAUGUACCAUUUUGCCAACACACCGGGAAGGAUUUUGUUGUGACAGCGGAGUAACAGCCCGGCGGGGGAAACGGUCAUAAUAUAGGUUUUUUCAUCUCGGAUCAGCAAUGGCCUUCAGCAAGGGAUAUCGCAUCUACCACAAGCUGGACCCACCACCCUACAGUGUCAUAGUGGAAACCAGGACCAGGGAAGAAUGCCUCAUGUUUGAAUCUGGGGCUGUUGCCGUUCUGUCGGCAGCAGAGAAGGAUGCCAUUAAAAACACAUACACCAAGAUUGUUGAUGCCUAUGGAAUCCUGGGCGUCCUCCGCCUAAACCUGGGUGACUCCAUGCUUCACAGUCUGGUGGUUGUGACAGGAUGCAGCUCUGUGGGGAAGGUACAGGAUUCAGAGGUUUUCAGGGUCACACAGACAGACUUUAUAUCACUGAAGAAUGAUCCAGCAGAUGAGGACCGCAUCGCUGAGGUGCGAAAGGUCCUGAACUCAGGACACUUCUACUUUGCCUGGUCUGCCUCUGGAGUCAGCAUGGACUUGAGUCUCAAUGCACAUCGCAGGAUUCUAGAAGACACUACAGAUAACCGCUUCUUUUGGAACCAAUCUCUGCACCUGCACCUGAAACACUAUGGAGUAAACUGUGACGACUGGCUGUUGAGGCUGAUGUGUGGUGGUGUUGAGAUCAGGACUAUCUAUGCAGGGCACAAACAGGCCAAGGCCUGCAUCUUCUCCCGCCUCAGCUCAGAGCGAGCUGGCACGCGAUUCAAUGUCCGAGGAACAAAUGACGAUGGUCAGGUGGCCAACUUUGUGGAGACUGAACAGGUUAUCUUUCUGGAUGACAAAGUCUCAUCCUUCAUACAGAUCCGUGGGUCCAUUCCUCUUUUCUGGGAACAGCCAGGAAUCCAGAAAAAGUCCAUUAAAGGUGUUUUGUUGCACCUGAAUGAGAAUCGGCACCCUAAAGCGCUGGAUGAGAACCCCCACCUGGUUGGCUCUCAUCGUGUCAAACUUUCAAGAGGAUUUGAGGCAAAUGCGCCAGCAUUUGAAAGACACUUCACUGCACUGCGGAGGUUGUAUGGUAAACAGGUGAUCAUCAACCUGCUUGGGAGUAAAGAAGGGGAACACAUGCUCAGCAAAGCGUUUCAGAGUCACCUGAAGGCAUCAGAGCAUUCAACAGCAGUGAAAAUGGUGAACUUUGACUACCAUCAAAAUGUGAAGGGAGGCAAGGCAGACAAACUCCACAGUGUCCUCAAACCUUACGUCAGCAAGUUCAUGGAGGAAUGUGGGUUCUUCUACUACUCAGGAGAGACGGGUAUCGUAAGGACUCAGGGUGGGACCAUUAGGACCAACUGCCUGGACUGUCUGGAUAGAACCAACAGCGUCCAGGCCUUCUUUGCCCUUGAGAUGCUGCCAAAACAGCUGGAGGAAAUGGGUCUGACAGAGAAGCCCCAGCUGGUGGCCAGGUUCCAGGAGGUUUUUCGGACCAUGUGGUCUGCAAACGGAGACUCCGUCAGUAAGAUCUAUGCUGGAACUGGUGCCCUGGAUGGCAAGGCCAAGGCGGGAAAGCUAAAAGAUGGAGCUCGUUCUGUGACAAGGACCAUCCAGAACAACUUCUUUGACAGUUCAAAGCAGGAGGCCAUAGACAUCCUGAGGCUGGGCUCCACACUCAACAGUGAUUUGGCGGACAAAGCUCGGGCCUUGCUCACCACUUCCAGUCUUUACGUCACUGAGCCCGUCUUACAAUCAGCCUCCCCAAGAGUAUUGCUUGGAAUGUGUCAGAACUACCAUAAAUACACAAGGCCCAAGCAGAUCCGGGUUUGUGUCGGCACCUGGAAUGUCAACGGGGGUAAACAGUUUCGCAGCAUUGCUUACAGAAACCAGACAAUCAAUGACUGGCUGUUGGAUGCUCCAAAGAAGGCAGGCCAUCCUGAGUUCCAAGACAGCAAAGCCAACCCUAUAGAUAUCUUUGCCAUUGGUUUUGAGGAAAUGGUUGAACUGAAUGCUGGCAACAUUGUCAGUGCCAGCACUACGAACCAGAAACUUUGGGCAGCUGAACUACAAAAAAACAUAUCGCGGGACCACAAGUAUGUGCUGCUUGCUUCAGAGCAGCUGGUGGGAGUGUGUCUGUUUGUUUUCAUCCGUCCACAGCACGCACCAUUCAUCAGGGAUGUUGCUGUUGAUACUGUAAAAACUGGAAUGGGCGGGGCGACAGGCAAUAAAGGAGGUGUGGCCAUCCGCCUGCUGUUCCACACCACCAGCAUCUGCUUUGUCUGCUCCCACUUUGCUGCUGGCCAGUCACAGGUCAAGGAGAGGAAUGACGACUACAAUGAGAUCACACGCAGACUCAGCUUCCCCAUGGGUCGCUUGCUGUACUCGCAUGACUACAUUUUCUGGUGUGGAGACUUCAACUAUCGAAUCAACCUGCCCAAUGAGGAAGUAAAAGAGCUCAUCAGACAGCAGAACUGGGAUGCCUUGACAGAUGGGGACCAGCUGUUGGACCAGAAGAACGCUGGUUUGAUUUUCCGAGGUUUCAUCGAGGGGAAGGUAGAUUUUGCCCCCACCUAUAAAUAUGACUUAUUCUCAGAAGAUUAUGACACCAGUGAGAAGUGCCGCACACCAGCCUGGACUGACCGCAUACUCUGGAAGAGGAGGAAGUGGAACUUUGACAAAACUGCUGAGGAGAUGAAUGUAGUGGGGGCAUCUACAUUUGGGGGGAAUGAGGAUGAUCCAGACAACCCCUGGAGUCCUGGGAUUCUAAAGUACUAUGGCAGGGCUGAGCUUAAGACCUCCGACCACCGGCCUGUAGUGUCAAUAAUAGACGUGGACAUCCUGGAAGUCGACCCAGAGGCUCGGCACCAGGUCUACAAAGAAGUCAUUGCCCUGCAGGGGCCUCCGGACGGCACCAUCCUGGUGUCGCUCUGCUCCUCCGGCCCUGAGGACUACUUUGACGACGCACUCAUAGACGAGCUGCUGGACAAGUUUUCACAGUUUGGAGAGGUCAUCCUCAUCAGGUUUGUUGAGGAGAAGAUGUGGGUGACCUUCCUGGAAGGUUACUCUGCUCUUGCUGCUCUGUCUCUCAGCGCUUCCACUGUCCUUGGCAAACUGAUUGACAUUCGUCUGAAGAGUCCAGGCUGGAUCAAGAGUCUGGAGGAGGAGAUGAGCGUGGAGAGGAUCUGUGGCAGCAUCCCCACCUCAGCCAGCUCCACCCUGCUUGCUGAGGACACGGACAUGGGCGACGACGAUUACGAUAUGGAAGGUGAUGUGGAUGAAGAGGUGGAGGAGAUCCUCCCCCAGCACCUGCAGCCUGGAGCGGGCUGUGGCCCUGGAUCCUCCCCUCUCCCCUCCCCGCGCAGUAGUCCCUGUUCCUCCCCCACCCACGGAGAACCUGCAGCCCCUAACAGGCCUAGUCGUGCACCACACCGACCAUCACAGGAUUUAAGUCCAUCAUCAUUGAGGAGACAAUUUCCAGGGCCUCCUGUUGACUUCCAGCCCGGUGCCCCCACAUCUCAAGGCAUGGAGCCCAAACGCCCGCCUCCCCCUCGUCCCCACGCCCCCCCAGCCAGACCAGCACCCCCCCAACGCCCACCACCACCUUCAGGAGGCAUGAGCCCUCUUCCAGUUAGAAAGGAGUCUGGAGACUGGGGCAUAUGUCCCAGCCCACUGCUUGGUAGGAGAGGCAGUGAAGGACCAAAAAGCCCCGCUCUUUCUCGGCCAGAUGCCGCUGCAGGUCGAGGCCAGGCCGCAGUGGGAGCUCCUGGACCUGGAAGUGCUCCCAGACCAAAUAUCCCUCCUCGAGCUGGAGUAAUCAGUAUGCCCCCUCAGUCUCGCCAACCACCUCCCUCUCACCCUGGAGCACCCAGACCUAUCCCAGAGGUGCAUCCCGGGGCCCCACGGCCCAUCUCAGACACCCACCCCGGAGCCCCACGCCCUGUGCCCAGUGCACUGGCAAAACCGACCGACCUUCCUCUGGGUCCUCCCAUCGCCGGACCGCCUCCUACAGAGCCCCCUGUAGUGAGACCCCAGGUUCCGUCACCCCUGCAGCAACCCAUGCAGCCCCAACCAGCUGCCCCUUCAGCUCAGUCCCAACUCCCACCACCAAUGCAGCCCACAUAUCCAGCUCCACUCCAGCCGCAGCAAGCUGCAGCUCCUAAAGCAGGGCCUCCUCCCGCUGCUGCUGCUAUCCCUGCCGGGCCUCCACAGGGUCUAGCUUCUCCUAAACCCCCACCACGCUCCCGCUCCUCUCAUGCUCUGCCGCCUGAUGCUGCCAAGUCUGAGACAGCCCCAGCUGCGCAGACCAAUGGACUGAAUGGAAUCCCAAGUGAAGCACAAUGGAAGCCCGACCCCCUUGAUAUACUUGCAUCUGAGUUCCUCUCCUCCUCCUGGCACACCACCCAGUCCCUGAGCAGAGGCUCCUCUCUGCGUACUCCCCCCUCGGUUCCUGCAUCUACGUUGUCCUCCAGCACUCUCCCUGCAUCAUUCUCCCUCCAGUCCUCCGCUCUGUCAGACCUGCAGGCACUUGAUUCGUCCUCCUCUUCCUCACUCUCCACCCCGUCACCGUUCGCCUCUACCCUGCUCCCACCUCCCCCGGUCCCAUCUCGUAGUCGCUCGCAAGAGACUUUGCGUGCUUCCCCAGGCCUCUUCCCGAUUGACCCGCUGCCUGCCCGACCCAGCAGCACCAAUCCCUUUACAGGCCCACUGGCACAGCAGCACCGCUCGCUCACCCCGGACUUCAGCGUCCAGCGUCCAGCCCCGGCGCUAAACCUUCAGAGCACCAUGUCUGCUCUCAAUCAGCCACUCAUCCCCAGCUCUGCUCCAACAGCAGCCGCUGUGCCCUGCUUCCAGCUCCAAAGAACCACGUCCCUGUUUGAACCAUCAUCCACUCUUAAUCCUACACCUGCUCCUCUGCUCCCCUUCGCCCCUAACCCGUCUCCGGUCCCCUCCUGGCCUCUGGCACCUCCCUCCUCCAUUCCACCUGUCCUUGCACCUCGUCGCCAGCCACCUCCACCAGGAGGGAAACCAACCCAGCAGUGGGUCACUUUUGAUGAUGAUUUGGCAUUUCCCCCUUCAACCAAGACUCCACAGGCACCCAUCUUCCCUCCCAGUUCCAUAGUGUCCCAAACUCAGAUUCUGCCUUCCCGCUCUGUGUUUGACUCAGAGCCCGACUGGUUAUCCUCGACCCCUUCCGUAUUCCCAGCCCUCCCUCCUCCCAUCCCAACUAGAACUGUAACCAGUAACCCAAAGCUCCCAGAGGGACCCAGUGAUGACAGCUUCUUCCCCAGGGACUCAACCGAAAGAUAGGACUCUUAAUAUGUAAAGGGCAUAUCCAGAUAUGUAUAGAUCUAUGAUAAAUGUGUAUAUGUGUGUGUGUGUAUGUACAAAAGAGAUGGUAUUUAAGAAGUAUAGACCAAUCCCCUUCUGAAUCACAGGAAAGGAUUUAUAUCUCAGACAUUAACAUGAGAAGUGUAUGAGCCUAAUUGUGUUCUCCAACUUCACUACAGAGAUGUUUGCGUGUUCCCUGAUAUUAACAUUUAUUUUAAUAUGAAUCAUUUUGAUGUUUAUUUGUAUUUAUGGCAGCAAACACGUGCCUGUGUCUACAGUAUAUAGUUAAAUAAAGUACAUCUAUACACACACAAAUCAUGUGUGAAACCACAUGUGCAAUAUUAUGUCUGUGGGGCCGUGCAGCACACUGCAUUCGCCUUUGAGCUUAAGUGUUACCUUUGCAUUUGCUGCAUUGACUGACGCACUGAGGCUCACAUCCAUCAUUUUGACUGAUCUGUACAGUAGAGCGGGAUUCUCAGAGUUGAGAGUAUUCUUCUUAUUUCUCAGUUUACAUGUAGUAGAAGGCUAUGCACCGCGGGUUUUACAUUUGCACUCAAAAUUGCUGUAGUCUGCAGCAAUGAGAGACUGCUUUGACUUGCAAAGAAUUUGUUGGAAGUUUUUUUUUGUUUGUUUGUUUGUGUCUUGAGGCAAAUUUAAAGGUCAUAUCGUGUGCUUGCUUUUAUCAUGAAUGUACUUUAUGUUGCACUGGGUUUUGUCAUUGUCUCCUUGCUGACACCAUGGUGUGAACAAAAGCAGUCAGUGUCAUAGUCAGUCAAACUGUCCGCUCCCGCAGGACUGAUGCUCUGUAGUAUCAUAUCCACUUGGUAGUUGUUCCCUCUGCUCAGUCAUCACUCUUUGUCUUUGGGCUUAAGCUUAGCUCAAUAUCAAAAUCUAUACAUAGUGAUUAUGUAUAAAUGUAUGUUUUCCAUUUGGAAACUACUUGCUAAAUGUGCGUAUGUGUGUUUGUGAUGACCGUAUCAGUGAUUUGCACAAUGUAACUGAUAUGCACUGAAAUGCUGUGCUCUCUUGGGUGUAUUCUUGUUGAUGGCAGAGUGUGACAAAAAUGAGAGCCUGCGGGUUGAACGGAUGAGAGGGCUUUUAGACCUUUCCACCUCUGUAGUGUUUUGAUCCAUCUUGAUUCAUCCAAAGCAUUUAACCAUACUAUUGUAAAUUCAGAGAAUGUGGACGUAUGCUUGUGUAUACUUCUGUUACUGAUGUGAUUUGGAUCUGUGGACAUGGCGGCAAGGACAUGCCAUGCAUAAUAAUAGAAGACGGCACUUUUUUUUUUUUUACUUAAACGUUUGUUUAUUGCAAAAGUCAUGCUUUUAGUUUCUAAGAACAUUUACUCUAAAUAAUCUACUGUGAUGAUACUGUGGUGAGAAGUAAUGUGUUGUGUUUGAGGUGCAUAUAUUCUGUUGUGGUGUUUGUGUUUGGAUGUGUGUGUGUGUGUGUGUGUGUGUGUGUGUGUGUGUGUACGGAGUUAGGAGUGGAAUACCAGAGCUUUUCCCCCAGGAGUUCUUUGCUUACAGGUUCUGAACAGCCACUGUAUUCACUCACUCAUGGCUGUAUUUGUGUAUUCCCGCUCUCCAGCCUGCAAAGGGUGUGCAUAGUGACUUCACUGUAUGCGGAAAUGUUAACGAUACAAGACAAAAGGACUUUUUUUCCCACAAAGCAGUCACCAUCUGACUGAGAAUUCCCUGGUAGCAAAGACGCUUAUACCACACCUUGACUGAAUAAACAGACUCAAUUGCACUGUAUUCUCAGACCCAAAUGCGUCACCAAAUGAUCAUUUCCAGUUGUUUGUUGUGUCCUUCCCAGGCGCAGUGUGACCCACAUUCCAGACAGUAGUGCGACUUGAGAGCUGGGUGUUUAAAACUCUUCUCAGCGUUUGCAGAUCCACCUGUGAUAUCUUACCCAUAUCUGUUUCCUCCAGUUGAGAGUAAUUGUUGCUGAUUUCGUAACCAUUGAUGAGGUGCGUGUGGUGUUUUCAGAGGUGAUGUAUCAGUAUUUCUUGCCCGUGCUACCUACUUUCACUCCUGUUGAGUUAUAUAUGUCAGCGUCAGUGUUGACAGUGAUGACAAGCAAUAGUGUUGCAAAAGGAUCAGUGAGAGUACAAUCCUCCCUUACACGACACAUGCCAGCUGUGUCUACUCAGAUGUUGCCCCCCCCCCCCCCCCCCCAAAACCUUCAGAAAUUAUGUAAACAGCUGAAAUGUCUUGGUUCAUGGAGGAUAAAACAUCUAACCCAAAAAAGUACCAGCUAUCUAACGCUUCUGCUUACACUAUGUAAAAUACAUAAAAAUCUAAAAGUCUUCAUUCACUGCACUGAAAGCAGUAGCGAUCUAUGUAAGCAAGUGUAUCGGGUUGCCUUUGCUUACAUGUCAAUGUCAUCUCUAAAAUGCAUUUGUGUAAUCCAGAUGUGUGCAGUAGAUACUGUAUCUGCAUUAUAACCUUAGGUGACUAGUCAGCGCUUUGUGUCAUGUUAUGUUCUCCAAGAUGAGAUUUUAUAGGAAACAAAUUGCUCCUUUUGUGAAGUCUGUGUCCCUUUUUAUGGCUAUAAUCCAUAGUAAAUAGGAAUCUGUGUUGUUGAACAUAUUCUGUAUGUAUUAAAGAGAAAACAUGAAGCUGCGAUUCAUGUUAAUAUCCAACGUUCCAUAUUUUCAGUGCACAGCUGAUUGCACAUUAAUGUAUGAAGCAGUUUAUGUUGUAUGUAUGCAAAAAUAAAUGUAACUUUACCUGAA